AUGACUCUCUAUACUGAAACAUUGUACAUAAACCAAACAACCAGUGUUCCUGAAUUUGUCCUACAAGGAUUCUCAGGAAUUCCUGCUGAAUAUUAUUGGUUGGUAGGAAUAUUUUUCCUCCUCAUUUAUUUGAUGUUAACAUCUGGGAACAUUUUCAUCCUUGUAUUUGUGGCAUGUGAAAAAAGCCUUCAGAAGCCAACAUACAUCAUCUUCUGUAAUCUUGCAAUAUCAGAUCUUGGAUUUGGAUCCACAACUCUGCCCAGAAUCAUUGCUAAGUACUGGAUGUCUGAUAUCAUCUCAUUCAAUAGUUGUAUCGCACAAAUGUAUCUUGUUCAUUAUUUUGGGGCUUGUACCUCAUUUCUUAUGGCAUUAAUGGCCCUUGAUCGAUUUGUUGCUAUAUGUAACCCAUUGAGAUAUCCAGUUUUGAUUAAGAACUCCAGUAUUGCAGUUCUUUGUUCAGUGCUUUGGAUAGUAAACCUCAUCCAGCUUGGUGGAAUUACUUCAAUAGCCCUUAGUAUGCCUUACUGUGGCCCAAAUAUUAUACAACACUGCUACUGUGACUACAUUUCAGUAAUUAGCCUCGCAUGUGCAGACAUAACACUGACAAAACCAAUUAGUACUUCUGUUGCUAUGACAGUACUGUGGGGUCCUUUAUUUUAUAUCAUAUUUUCUUAUGUGGCCAUCAUUAUUUCAGUCAUGAAAAUCUCAAAUAAAGAGGGACGAUAUAAAACGUUUUUAACAUGUACUCCACAGCUGUUAAUCAUCUGUCUGUACUAUCUCCCCAGAAGUUUUGUGUAUAUGGCAUUUGCUGUUGGAUAUCAUUUCGAAACAAACCUCCGCAUUGCACUGGUAAUGAUGUACAGUCUUUUCCCUGCACUCAUCAAUCCACUCAUAUACUGCUUUAGGACCAAAGAAAUUAAGGACACAUUAUUAAGGAAAUUUAAGCAAAGACAGAUGAGGGUAAAUGGAAAAACAAUUUUACCUUAA